AUGCUGGCCCUCGCCGGCUUCCGUCGGCUGCUGGCGGCGCCGGUGCGGAGCGGUGGCGGGGCCAUGCCCCGGAAGGGGAAAGGAGCUGGGAAGGAGCCCACGGAAGCGGGCGCCGCUACGGGACCGGUGGUGGUAGCGGGCGACGGCUGUGUGAGGGUGGCGGUUCGUGCCAAGCCCGGCUCCCGGUGCAGCGCCGUCACAGAUGUGACAGCUGAGGCGGUAGGUGUAGCUAUUGCUGCACCUCCAUCAGAAGGGGAGGCAAAUGCAGAGCUGUGUCGCUACCUCUCUAAGGUGCUAGAAGUGAAGAAGAGUGAAGUUAUUUUAGAGAAGGGUGGUAAAUCACGUGAAAAAGUGGUGAAGAUUUUGGUAUCGAUGACACCAGAUGAGAUUUUAGAAAAACUGAAAAAAGAAGCUUCCAGUUGACCUUAAACAAGAGCGGGAAAUGGGACAAUUCAUCUUGGUAAAUGGACUGAUACUCUUUCUUAUGUAAAUCUAGUUGAGAAUGUGGGUAAUGCCUAGGGAAAGAUACUUCUAACCCCUGCACCCCUUGUUAAUGUAGCUGCUGUAUAUUUGAAGUCUUUGUGUUAAGUUUGGUUAGAAAAACUUGUCUUUACUGAGGCUCCAUAUCUGCUUCUGUCACUAGAGACUUUUUUCCCCUGUGGAGAGUUUCCUGUGGUAAGAUUUGUCCUCUUUCCUGGUCCCUAAACAAAUGGUUUAGAAAACUUGUUUCUUAGUGAAACAAACUUUGCUUAACAAAGUGAAGGCCUUGGAGCGAUAGGCUUCAAUGUAAAAAGUGGUACAAAAGGAUGAGUCUGUCUGGAUGGUAAAGACCCUAGAAGAAUGUUCUUUUCAAUAUGUAGCAGGAGGUACUGGGUGCAGUUUUGCACUAGGUGCACAGAUGUAUGUCUAAAAUGUGUUUGAAGCCAAUAUACUGUUGUUGAUCACACAGGCAAGCUAAAAGCAGAAUCACCUGAACAACUGAAACAAAAACAGAAGUUGGCAGUAUGAAAAACUGACCCAGAACCUAGUAACUGCAUACAUAGUGUCACUUUGUAAUAGUCUGUAAUUAGUUUCCUGAAAAGUAGAGAUACAAUUGUGUAUCUUUGCCAAAUGUAUGUCAAGUGUAAUGACUGUUUUUAAUAAAAGGGACAAAAAGUAUU